AUGUCGAAGGACUACGACCAUCUGUUUAAACUCGUUUUGAUUGGCGACUCGGGCGUUGGCAAGUCGUGCCUCUUGCUGCGCUUUGCGGACGACGCGUUCACCGAGAGUUACAUUACUACAAUUGGCGUGGACUUUCGGUUUCGCACAGUGAAGAUCGACAACAAGACUGUGAAGCUCCAGAUUUGGGAUACGGCCGGACAGGAGCGAUUCCGAACGAUCACGAGCGCGUAUUACCGUGGAGCAGACGGUAUCAUCAUGGUAUAUGACGUCACGAGUCAGGAAUCCUUCGACCAUGUCAAUGACUGGCUGAAUGAAGUGAACAGAUAUGCCACCGAAGGCACGUGCAAGCUCCUCGUGGGUAAUAAGAGCGACAUUACCGACAACAAAGCAGUGUCGCAUGAGACAGCCAAGGCGUUUGCAGACAGCCUGUCGAUCCCGUUUUUGGAAACAAGUGCGAAGAAUGCACAGAAUGUGGAGGAAGCCUUUUUCACCAUGGCUUCGGAACUGAUUACGAUUCGCGAGAUGGUUGGUGACUCUAACCGGCCUGUUGGCACCAAGUUGUCCCAGAACGCGAAAAAAGGCGGCAAUUCCAACGGAUGCUCUUGCAACUAA